AUACACGUAUGAAGGUUCCGUGAGUGAUAAAUCUAGCUGACAUGAGACAUUAUAAGAUUAAAAAUCAUUGAGACACCACUCAGUUGUUAAGAGUCUAUAAGACCAGACGCUCUUCACGCAGUUCUUUAAAAAUUAUCCUUGAAUACUUUAUCGUUGUCUACUCAAAUCCACACAAAAAAUGGAGAUCGCAAUUCUAUUUUUGCUCAGCGUGACUUUACUGAAUUUCACCCUGGUCGGUGCAAUGCAUACGCAAGUAGAAAAUAGUCAUACAAGAAGAAAGAGUCAUGCUUCUGUUCCUGAAAAUUUCCGCCUUGUUAUACAAAAAUUGAUAGGUGGCGUUGAAGCAGUUGACGAUGCUGUUGAAGGAAAUUUAUAUUCUUUCACAACUGAGCAUCCUAAUUUAACUAAUGAUACAUUUGGGCACGCUAUUGUUGUGUUCAGUAGUGGCAAAAAGUUCUUUGCUUGUCUCCGGAAAAUCGAAGGAUAUGAGUACUAUGGGCAUGACGCACGUGAUAAUUGUCAAACAACAACAUACCGGUGUGCUGUGAAAAAAGGAAAUGAUGAGGCUUUGCAUGUAAUACUUUCGCGUUACACUCAAGAAACCUCCCUGCUUGGAGGAGUCGUACGCUUCGAUUUCUUUAAUCAUCUGGGGGUUCUUUUUGUUGGAGAGAUGGAACCAGCUACUCCAGUCCACGCACUACCAUAUAAAAAACGGAAGACUAAUGUUCCAUGUGGUCCAGGUUCUAGUCUUCAUGAUCCUUUGUUCUUAGAUUUAUGAGAAAGACCAAAGUUUGAUUUGGAUUUUUUGUUACCGUUUCGAAGUUCUACACAAAUUUGCUCACACGAGCUUGACACAGUGCACCUCGAAAAAAGUGUUGUGGAAUGAAGGAAACUUUCUUUAAAUCAAAGACAUUCUAGUAUUGAUAUACGAUCAAAGAAACAU